AUGGCUGACCAUAGCUCCGAGAACUCGACGGCGGCGGGGACCUUAAACAGUGAUCUAGAUGCCACGCGCCCCGGCGCCGACGCCGCCACGCUCGGGGGCAGCUCCGGCGCUGACGAGACGUCCAAGAAUGUGACGACAAGUGGGCAGGACGUGUCCGAAGACCAGCAAGGAUCGACCGCUGCAGGCGAGGCGGACGGUGCGAAUGGCGAGGCAGCGGUGAGCGCCGAAAAGGCGACGACCGCCAACACCGACAACAACGGCAGCGACAGCCAAGAAGAUGGCGAAGCGGACGAGGACGAGGAAGAGGACGACGCCGGGCACUGGGAGCGCGUUGCGGCGAGCGAUGUCAAGAACAUCAUCUUGCAAGUGUUGAGCCCAUACUUCGACGACGACGUCGGCGGUGGCGCCGCUGCAGCCCCUGGUGGUGAUUUGGCCUCUAUGCCGUCUGCAUUGGGACCUUCGGCGCCGGCAAUCGAAGAAGACCGCGACGGUGACGACACAGCGCAACGCUACGAUCAUUUCAAGGCCGAAGAGUGGGUGGCGCUGGUGUGCGACGGCAUCAUGGAGCGCCUGGUCGCCCUUGGAAAACCGUUCAAGUUUGUCGUGCACGCAAUGGUGAUGCGCAAGUGCGGGGCAGGUGUGCACGUGUGCUCUAGCUGCUAUUAUGCCCCUAUGGAUGGUUGGCUGAGCCACGCCCACGACCUCUCUGCGCACCUCUACGUGGUUGUAACGGUGUACUGGUGCGCAGUGUAG